AUGGCGUCCGCAGCCACAAGACCCACCUUCACCUUCCACCUCACAACAGCAUCCCAUUAUCACUCAAAACCCACAACCAAAUGCCACUUCCACAAACUAACGCCACCCUCCAUUUCCCUCCACAAACCCCACAGGCCUUCCCUUGUCGCCGUUUCCUCCAUUGAUGUCUCCAAGGAGGACAAGCCGCCAACUUCCGAACCCACCAGCGAGCCGGCGGCAGAGCUAUCAUCCGCUCCCUCAGAAACUGAAAUCGAGCAGCAAUUCGACAAGCGGAGGCUGGAGGAGAAGUUUGCAGUGCUGAACACGGGGAUCUACGAGUGCAGGUCGUGCGGGUACACAUUCGAUGAGGCCGUCGGUGACCCCUCGUACCCGGUUCCACCGGGCUUGCCAUUCGAGCAGCUCCCUGGGGACUGGAGGUGCCCGACCUGCGGAGCUGCUCGGAGCUUCUUCCAGAGCAAGAGCGUGGAGAUCGCUGGGUUCGCCCAGAACCAGCAGUACGGGCUGGGAGGGAACGCCCUCACUUCUGGGCAGAAGGCCAUUUUGAUAUACGGGAGCCUGCUGCUCUUCUUCGGUCUCUUUUUGGGCGGCUACUUCCUGCAAUGA